CUCUGUUUGUAUCGAUUUCGAUCUUGACAAUAUUUCAGCAGGAAUUUGUCUACGAUCGGACGAUUGUUUUGUUUUAACAACUGAGAGGGCUAAUUUCGGUUCACUAAUGGGAAAGUCAUCGUAUAAAAUUUUUAUUGCUUUUCAACAGCUAUCGAUUUGUGACAAAUAUAGCCUAUGUAAUGCUAAAUUAUUUUUCCGAGAAGUUGGUUGAUCUGUGCGUACUUCAAGAAAAUUCGUGUUUUUUCUUGUUUGCCUCUUCAGUUUUCACACUUCAAAAUCAGACAGUCAAACUAUAUAUCUUGCAUGAUGCACCAUGGACGUUUUUUUUAUCAUCUACGGAAGAAGAAAUAUUUAAUGUUCCUGUUCCAUUUUAGGAAGAGAUCCUAAUGGAAUAAUUCAGUCUAAGUUUAAAAUGAUUGUACUUGAUAAUUUUAACCAUGGUUAGUUAAUUCUGAUUCCCCGCUCAGGAACAAGCAAGCUGAAGAAAUAGACGAAAACGGUAGAUUUUUGGAAGCCGAUUCGUAGAAAAGAAAAUUGUGUCUCGGCAUAUUUUUUCGCGAACAACGCCUGUAAUAAGCUGGUUGAUUGUGAGGCCGCCUUCGAUAUGAGACUAGCAAAAAAAAUUCUUAAUUCUGAAUAAUAUUAGUUUUGUGAUCAUCUCGAUAAAAUGACGUUGAAUCCCCUUCGCAAACCGCAAAUAAAAAUUGAUGAAAUUUUUAUUAAACUUUAAUACUUCUCCAAAGAGAUUCAAGGGGCUUUCCUGUUAAAGUGGUAAUUAAUCAGUGUGCAAUCUGACAUUUCUUUUAAACGCGAUAACUUUAUUUCAAGCUGUGGUGAUCAUAUUGUGAAGAAUAUUAUGAAACGCUCCAGCUGUUUGAAAAAGCACGGCUAUAAAUUUUUAACUAGUAUAAAAUUUGUAGCAUUACAUCAUUUUUUUGUGAGUUGCUUUAAAAACUAGAACACUUUAAUGUGUUUUAAGGAAGUAAUUGUUUUUCCGCUUUGGGUCAUAUGCAAAUAUUUCAAUUUUUGUAUUUGCUUGUUUUGGGGUUACUCAUUAAAUGACAAAUCUUAAAAUGUUCUGAUAAGAGCUGAGUUGGAUUAAAUUUAAACCAAUAGAAACCAUAGCAUCUGUUAUUUCCAAAUGUGACCUCUCACCAAACUUUUCAAUUGAAAUUCAUUUGAAUUCUUUCAAUUGUCAAUGGUAAAUGUGGGAGGAGAAGCUUAACUCAUGGUUGGUUUUCCUAGAUUUGUGACAUGCAAAUGUAAUGGGUUUUCUCAAUAUGUAAUAAGUUGGCAGAUUUUCCUUUAAAAAAUUCUUUGGUUUGAAGGAAGCAUUUUUUACCAUUUUAUUCUGUACUUAUUACCAAGGUUCAAGGUUCAAGGUUCAUUUAUUUCACACUAUUUACAUAAAACUAACAUAGAUAGAAAAGUAUAAUUGUAACAUCAGUUCCUUAUUGUGUUUUCUUCUUACAACCUAUGUCCUCUUUAUGGACAGAAAAAGAAACUCACAAUUCCUUGAAAAACACAACUUCUCAAUUAUGUUUUUCUCUAAGUUUUUGCAACAAAGCGGUAUGUAAGGGUAGUAGGGCUGGAUUUAUUUUCUGGACUGGCUUACGCAUCAACCCGUCUGGCCCUGCACAUGUCAGCUUUUGCUAUGACUUUUUAUAAGAUUGUGCGGGUGAGACUAGAAGUGUCAUAUGAUAAUAACCAUUUUACUCUUUGAUGUUGCCAAAAACUAUUAUCCCCCUACAAUAACAACAUAUUUUAAAGGGACACGGUCAGGGUCUGCACAUGCUCUUGUAGCCGAUCAAAACUUGAAAAAGUCAUCCUGACUUUUUCAAGUUGCAUUCACAAUUUCAAAAUGGCGUCUAGCGGAGGAUCCGGACAUGGCGCUAAAUGCAUUAACUCAAGGCGGAAACGAAAGGUUGAAGACAGAGAGGAAUACAAGAAAGCAUGGCUGAGGAACCAUAAGCGUAUUUAUGUGGAAGAAAAGACAUUGAAGUUGUGGCUGCAGGCAAAAUUUGAUGCAGAUUAUCUUCUCCAUAAAGAGAAGCAGGUACCGACACAGUUGAUGGACAGGUGGCGGAAAGCAGCCCUUGUGAUAUCAUAUGCUUCUGUGUUUACAACUUUUGUGAUUGGAGUUAGUGCCUUUGUCAUUUCCACCUUGGCAAGAAGUUCUGCUGCAUUUGGUUUUGCUUUUGAUUCAUUACUAGAUGUUUGUUCAUCAUUAGUUGUUAUUUGGAGAUUCUGUGGUUUAGCAGGACAAACUUACUCUUGGGAAAGAGAACGAAGGGCAUGUAUAGCAAUUGCUGCAUUAUUUGUGUUAUCUGGUACCGGAAUAUUGAUUAGAGCAGUCAGGUCCCUGAUUGUAGAGAAGCAUCCUAUAAGGUUCACAGGUAUUGAGGCCAUUUCAGGUGUCAGUUUGGUGGCAUUUACAACUUUAGCAUGGAUAAAAUUUGCCACAGCUGAAAAACUGCAUAGUGAAUCUUUACGAACUGAUGCUAUCAAUUCCACAGCAGGUGCAAUCAUGGCACUGGGUAUCAUUAUAAGUACCAUGGUGUAUCAGUACAGUAGCAGCAUAUGGUAUCUGGAUGCAGCUAUUGCUUUUUGCAUUGCUUUGGGCCUGUUUGGUUAUGGUAUUAGGUUAUUAGCAAAUCUUCUUUCUUCAAAAGGAAAAGCAGCCCCACCCACAUGGGAAGGAUUUGACUAGUACACUGUAGAUAUCCUUAAUAAGAAGGGGAUAGUGGAUCAGUACAGCACAAGAAUUAUGUUCAGAAAUCAGCUUUUACUCAGUCAACCUUCUGUUUCAUAAUGGAUUACACUUUCUUGUCCGAUUGCCACUUUUCUGAUAAUGAAAGACCAGGGCGAAGGAGAGGAAGGAGGAAAUAAAAUUAAGGAAGGACAAUACACUUGAGAACUGUAUGUAUCACAUGAGUACCUUUGGUCCACAGUUAUCACUUUGUUUCCUGGUCUGUGUAUAAAAAAAAAAAAAGGGGAGUAGCAGAGGAUUAUGUUGAAAAAUCUCUAACUGUGGGGCUGUGUUCCACAGGAGAUUGGCAAUUAACAGCAACCUGUGGAUGGCUUUUAUCAGCUUCCUUCUAAGAAAGAUUUUAAGAGUUGGACACUUCAAUUUUGUGAGAGCAGAGCUUUCACUCACCCAAUGAUCCUUCUUUGACUUAAAAACACAGCUUUGAGCAAAUUAUUUUCACCCAAAAUCUGCCUAACUCACCAGUUCAAACCCUCGAAGGGACAAAGCAGAAGUUGUAAUGAGUGACACCCUCAUGCAACUUCAAAGGGCCUCCAAGGCUACUCUUUGGCCCUUAAACCCCAAAGAAUGAUCAGCAUUCAAUUUCUCCCCAGAGUAUCACUAAAGCAAACACAAAGGUUAUGAGAAUAAAGGAAAUGAUCAUAAGAUCAUGAAGCUUUUCAUCAGUAGGUAAAUUCUCCUUGGCAGCACCAUAGGAAACAUAUAGAAAACAGUGUGGAGAAAUUGUUAACUGAUGCUUGGGUGUAAACGGUGAAGUCAAAGCCAGUGAGUUGAACUUUCUAUUUGGGUUGUCAUUUGGUAAUAUUUAACCAAGUAUUUUGAUAUGCAGUGAAUGUAAUUAUUUAUCAAGUUCAAUAUUUUGUGAAAGAGGACACACUAAGGUGAUGUAAUUUAUGGGUGAUUACUUCACAUUGUGGGGUGAUAUAUUCACAAUGUGUGGGGAGUGGGUGGGAAGUUUUUGAUCCACUCGCUACCUUCCUAAACUUAAGGAAAAAAAUUGGGUCAAAUCAGAGCUAAAUGCACAUGCGUAAGAAUGUUUUAAAUUAUUUUUUACUCGAAAAAAUUUGGGAAAUGUGACAUAGCUUUACUUAUUAAAUACUAAAGUUGAAUAUCAUUCAAUAUAUAAGUUUCAAAUAGAUACAUAUGCACUCAGGUGUUAGUUUCCCAGAGAAUUUUAGCAUCUGGUAUUUCUUUUCAAAUUUGGUUUCAGAACCUGUUUAUUGUCACAAUUUUAAUCUGAGAAGUACUUGUUUGUCUCCCGUAUCAAGGACGACUAUUAAAUAUUAAUUGUUAUGCUAUUUUAGAAAGCUUUUGUUGUCUCUUUUUAUAUUUAAUUUUUUUUUUUUAAUAUUUUACUUUCUGCAAACAAUACCACUUAUAAUGAUGAAAUUAUCCUUUAGAAUGAGAUUUAUGUUAAAUUAUGCGAAAAAGUUCAA